AUUUGCACGAUGAAGAGGAAGCCGAGCCAGGAGGGAAGGCUUUCAAAUUAACGGUCCAUCCACGUUCCAACCCUCACCUGUGUCCACGAGCUUUGGGUCGUGACCACCUGACGAGCCCCCCAGGAUGAGGAGCCUUCUUCAGUUUCUGGCACUCCUUGCUGCGGCCGCUCUCUGCGUGUGCUACGACUCUCAUGAAAGCACAGAGUCCAUUGAAGAUGUGUUCGUGCCUCCGAGCCGAGCCAACUCCUUCAUCACGCCGCAGAGAGGCAACGCAUACAACCCAACAACGGGGAACAACGUCAACUACUACAACAUGAGGAGGAUAAAGUCUCCGGCAGAGAGGCGUGCAGAGACCUGCGAGGACUACUCCCCCUGCCGCUACUACGCUUAUCGCCACGGCUUCCAGCAGGCCUUCCAGAGAUACUUCGGGUCCCGGACUCAGAGACCGGCUGUGACUCGCCGAUACUGAGCGGCAGCCGUCAUCAUUUAUCCUCGCCUUCCUUUUUUUUUUUUUAAAUCCACGUAUCGAUCCUUUAAGCUGUUUUUAUGACCUCCUCUGGAUGUGAGAUGAGGCCUCCUUCGUGGCUCAGACGGUCCCAGCUCUGGUGUAUUCUCAGGAUAACUUUUAUCCACUAUUAUCACAGCUUCUCAUGAGCUCCAUGUAAGUGUUCCAGCUCACUAUCAUCACUACGUUACGUUAACCACCUAUUUAUCUGAGUGUUUCCUUUUGCUUUGAAAUAAACAAACCUCCCUUCACUGGGUUCUGUCUGUA